AAUGUAGGAUAAUGAAGAAUUCAAAAAUAAAUUACAAGCCUGCUUUAAGGCAAUAGAUGAACAUAUUUAAGUGAAUUCAUAUUUUUUAUAGAUCCCUUUAGUAAUCAUCAACGAAUAUUCAAAGUUCAUUUGAAUAAAUUAAAGAAUUCUAAUCAAGUGAUUAAGGAUAGAGCAAUUAAUCUGAGAUAUUAAAGCAGAAUUUAAAUUAGCCUAACACUUAAUUUAUAACUGAAUAAUUUUCCUAAUUACAAGAUGAUCUCAUGGAAGUUAUCAAAUCUAAAUUAUGAAU